UAUCUUCUACGUUCUACAUAUUUAAGUACGCAUGUGUCACAACACUUGCAACGGCGCAUACAUAUGUAACGUGGUUCUUUAUCAACAAAAAGCGAAAAACAAUUACUUUCGUAACCUCGAAUUCGAGAUACAGUACCAGUUACAGUGAUUAUUACUGUCAUGUGUAUCUUGUAUCCUAUUCUAUUAAAAGGAGAAUAAUCAAGCGAUGACAAAGAUCGCCAUUCUUUCUAAAAUGUAAUCUAUGUCUCAUCGUAUAGUCACGAAAGAAAAUAAAAUGUUGAUAGAAAUUCAGAUGUAUUUAAGUAUAAAGGGAUUAAGUUAAUGAUCUGUGAUUAUUAAUGUGUAUCUGUGAAACGAGUUACGUUCGUUAAGGAAUUUUAUGAUCCAAUUCGAACGAGAAUAAAACAUGCCGAGGUUGCAGUAUAAAACAUCAAUAUGUCAAUACAAGUAAUAUAGGAAUAUUUUAGAUACAUAAGAUUUAUAUUAUAUUGGCACAAAAUGUAAUAUUAAAAGUAGUAUUCUUAUAUUAUGUUUACAAUGAAGGAAGUUAUACCAAUGAGCUGGUUGAACCAGAUAUUGUUGAUUUUAAGUAUAUUAGUUACAUUGUUAUCUGUAAUUAUACAAGAAUGGGCUGGUCUGACACCAUUAUAUAUUUCUAUUUCAUGGGCUAUUUUUAUUAUAAUAUUAUCAGUGUGGCUCAGUUGUUUUUUAUUUCAAGUUGCAUUAAAAGCUAAUAGACCACUUAAUAUAAGGUUUGUUAAUAAUUGGUUAUAUAACAAAUUUGUAAAUAAUUUGAAAUUACAAAUUGAUUCCAAAGAAAAGAGUGAAUGUAUUAGUAAAUAUGAGAAUGAAGUAAGAACAAAUAAAAACACAAAUUCAACACAAGUAUCUAAAGAAAAGCGAAAGGAAAAAGUAGUAAUUAGAUCUAGUGGAAAAGAUACUUCUUUAAAAAGAAAGAGAGCAGUAGAAAUAUAUAAUUUAGUAACAGAAAUAAAUUUAAAAUGCAUAAAGGUUUGGUAUAAAUCUAUAAGUGAUGAUAAAUCAUUCCCUAAUGAAGCACAAGAAUUGCUAAAAAAAUUACUGACCAAACUGUUUCAUAAGAUCAGUUUAAUAGACAAAAUAAAGCUUACUCAUAAGCUGUUUAAUGUGUUCUUAUUACAUUUAAAAGAAUAUCAAAGAGCAUUACGACGGGUCGAGAAAGGAACUGCACCAAAUAUUGAAGAAGCAUUUAGAUAUUUACAUCCUGGUUCUCGUAAUAUGCCAGCGUUAGAACAUAUGCUUCAUCGAAUGGUUACUAUCCUAGCACAAGAAUUUUUACAAUGGGAGUUAACAAGUUCAUUACCAUGUAAACUGUUACUAUCUAUCUUAGCAAAAAGAUUAUUAAUAGUUGUUGAAACAGUAAGUUCUCCAAAUUGGUUAUUUCAAAAUUUAUCUGACUUUUUACUGCAACAAACACCAAAAAAUGUUGCCAAAGUUCAAAGUAAACAGGAAGAGAAUAUUCCACAUGUCAAAAAAGUUAUAUCCAAUGCUCUAGGAGAUGGUAUAACAUCUGCAACAGCAGCUGUGAUUCCACGAUCACUACCAAAACCAAAAUCUGAAUCAUCUACUAAACCUUUAAUUAAACACGAGAAUACCUCAGUAUCUAUAAAUGAUAAGAGACCUACUUUACAUUUACAUAACUUAGGUACAGAACAUAGAGGUCUAUGGGGUCAAAGUAUAGUAGAGAUAGAUGCUGAAAUAGAAGGGGAUAAAAUAUCUCCUGUAUAUGAGGAACCUACAGAUUUUGCUACAACAAUUGCUAGACUUAGAAAUGUAUUACAGCAAAAGUCAACUGUAAAUACACCAUUACAUGUGGAAGAAAAAUCUUAUGUAGUAUAUGAAGGUAGUCAAUUUACAAAUUUGUCAAUUCCUUGGACAGAAUUUCAUACAGCUCUUGAUGGAUCACAACAAUUACUUUAUUGUAUUCAAUUUGAUGAUAUAGAACAACGGGGGGUUGAUCUAUUUGAAACUACAACUGCUACUGUUAGAAGACAAUAUCGCGAUUUUGCUCAGUUACAUACUAGUCUACAAGAGAUUCCAGAAUUAGCAUCUAUUAUGUCAAAUUUGGUAUUACCAAAAGGCGGUCGUCUUGAAUUAGAGAAUUAUUUGAAAACUUUAACUACACGCUUGGCUAGUGAAUGUCCACCGCAAUUGCGACAUUUUUUACGUCCAAGUAGUAACGCUAAUAAAAAAGCAGAUGUGGUUGCACCUCGAUUUGACAAGUUUUUAGUCAAAACAGUAAGUGGUGUUUUUAAUACUUUAAGAACAGUCGUUCCAGGUUUUGAAAUUGAACAAGAAGAAGAAAAUGUUCCGUUACCAACAUUAAUGCCUUUAGCUGAUAUUCCGUGGAGAUUCGUCGAGAAUAUUAAAUCGAAAAGUCUAGCAACUGAACUUCAACAAUUAAUAACUGAAAGAACUGAAUAUUCUUGCGUGGAUUCUGCUUACGAAGCUGUUGAUUCAAUGGAGAGUGCUAAUGAUUCUGCAUUAUUAACUCAUUGGUGGGAAACUGUAAAAAGUUCUUAUGAAGAGGACCUUGAUGAUUUGGAUUCACAUCUAAUAUUAACAUGUGUUGCUGUCGAUCUUAUUUGUGAAUUAUUGGCAGGAGUUGGAAGUAAUAAUGCCUUGCAGCAAGAGGCAGUUGUUCGAUGGGCAAAGCUACUCUUUGGAAAUGUUACUGAACCUAUAUUACAAACUGUUACUUUACAAAUUUUUGAUCAAUUGGGUAAUAUAUCACUUCAUAACGUCCAAAAUAAAUUUUCUGAGGAACCACUGGAACUAUUAAAAAAAAGACUGUUGCAAGAAUUAUUAGUUAAACUUCCAAAUGAUGUAAAAUUAGUAUUUGGCGAAGAUGACACGUUAAAUAUUUUAAAGUAUUUACUUGAUUCUUAUGAAAUAAAGAAGAUUAAUGUAGACUUAAACCUACAAAUAUUAGAUGUUCUAGCAUCACAGCUAUUAAGUACAUGUAGGUCAAAACAUAGUACAACUCUUUAAUAAUUUAAUUUUAUUUUAAUUCAAUAACAAAAGGUUGAUUCAAUUCCUUUUCUCAAUUUUACUUAGCCAUUGAUCAAGUUACAGGUCUUAGGAGUUGCUAAUUAUGUUUUAAAAUAUGUUU